AUAAAAAUAAAAAUAAAGUGUAGUGUGGUUGUGGCCGUUAACGUCAGCCAGCAACAGUGGUGAGUUGAAAGAGAGUAGUCGACUGGAGAGAGAAAGAGAGCGAACGACGAAAAACAAAGAAGCAACCCAAGAUGUUUUUGAGGAGAAUUGCAAGGCCAUUAAUGGCGAAAGUGAAGGAAACAACAGGGAUCGUAGGUCUAGACGUAGUCCCAAAUGCGAGAGAAGUUUUGAUUUCUCUCUACACCAAAACCCUAAAAGAGAUCCAAACUGUUCCUGAAGAUGAAGGCUAUCGCAAGGCUGUUGAGAGCUUCACGCGCCACCGUCUCAAGGUCUGUGAAGAGGAGCCUGAUUGGGAGAUCAUCGAGAAGCGUCUUGGUUGUGGUCAGGUUGAAGAACUCAUUGAAGAAGCUAAGGAUGAACUUACCCUUUUAUCCAAAUUGAAUGAGUGGAAUCCAUGGGGUGUUGAUGAUGACUAUGAGUGUGAGGUUAUUGAGAAUGACGCUCCAGUUCCAAAGCAUAUUCCAUUGCACCGGCCUGGCCCUCUACCCGAGGAGUUCUACAAAACGAUGGAGGCAAUUGCUUCAGAACCUGUGAAUGAGCCAGUCAUUACAGAUGGUGGUGAUUCAAAGUCAACGAAGCAGGAUGCUGCCUGAUCAUUGCUUUAUUUUGAGUUUGCUGCAUAUUUGGCUGUUUGGAGGCCAAAUCCAUAUGUUCUAUUGUCUUUGAUCUCUUCAAUGUAGCGAAAGAAAAUUAUUUACUGAUCUGACAGGCACAAUCUGUUUGUUUCAAUAAAAUAAAAGUUUAGGUGCUUUGUCCUCCUUUUGGUAUGAGUUGAUGGCACUAGACGAUUGCUUUGUAUGCACAAAGCCUUAUUUUUGAUGUGUUGUUCAGAUGAAUGUGUACUGAGCAUCCGACUCUACCAAUGUUGUCAAUUUUUUUGUCUCAUCAAUAUCAUACAACCUGAUUUAGAUUUUC